CAAAAGGCAGGAGAGCGGGACUCGACAGAGCCAUUGCGCCUUUUCUGUCUCCAAGAAAGGAUCGUCGGAAGGGAUAAGCCCUGAGGUCUCCUCUCUUGCUUCUUUCGUCUUCGUUUACGGCGCAGAAAUGGCGGACGAUACGUCCGGACGUGGAGGAAGAAGACCUCUGAGCUUGAACGAUCGCCACUAUCGCCUCCUUCAGGAUCUCUCUGCACCUCCUAAACAACCUCCUUCCUCUUCUCACGGAGAAGAUGUAGGAGGGAAACCAUCUAUGGUGAAAUUGGCAGGACGACGCCGCCUCUGCAAGGCCUCUGCUAAGCAAGACGUAGCGGUAGAUGACGGAUUAGCCGAUCCCGACUUCGAUUUGUUGGAUUUCGAUUCUCCUGUUAAAGCAGCAACGAAACCCAAGAGAGCAGAGGGUGGAAGCAAGUUCCCAUCACGGGAUGAAGCCAAGGAUGCCAACACGGUGGUCACUGGUGAACCCAACUUCUCACUGAUCACAGACUUCGGUUCGGUUUCACCUCAGCCUAGAUGCAAAGAAGAGAGGCAAGGUGGUGGAGGGCAGAACGAGAUUAGGGAUAUUUUGGAUGAUUUGACCUCUAAGCUAGGAUCAAUGUCCAUCCAGAAGAAGAAAGAUACCCAAAGCAAUGAUUUGGAUGAAGGCGGAGUAAAAUGCCACCUUGAUGAUUUUGAGAGCACAAAAUCCUCGUUUUCCCUUAUAUCUGACAUAUCUGAUUCCUCAUCAGAUUUGGUUGGUAAACGUGUUGCCAAAGUUGAUAAUCUCGAGGAUGAGCUGAGCCGCAGAAGUUGUGCCCUUCAUGAAACGAAAGCUACAAAAGAUUUUGAAGGUGAAGGGGAAGAAAACUCUUGGAGAUUAAGCAGGCACAUCCCAUCUUCUAGACAACCAUGUCGUUCUAACUCUGAAGAUGACGGUCAUGAUAUAGGUCCUGCGCCUGCCGAUCUGCACAAGGAAUUUGCAAGUGGAAUUAGUCAAAAUCAGGAAGUAGGACGAAGCCUAAAGACGAGUAGGUACACAGACAUGAACGAGAAACUUAGAUCAGUUGGAAGUUCCAAUGUCUCUAAGCUGAGGGAAUUAGAUGAGGAUGAUGAUGACUGUGUAGUUUUGACUGGGCCAAAGGUGGCUGAAGUAACAAGCCGUGUUGAAAAGCCUAAGAAGCCUGCUCGUUCUAUUGACAUCGAUACACAUUAUUAUCUUGAUGGAGUGGUAGAAGAUGAAGGAUCUAUCACCUUAAAUGGCCUCAAAUCUUCUUACAUAUUACCUGGAAAGAUUGCUACGAUGUUAUAUCCACAUCAGCGGGAAGGGUUGAAGUGGCUUUGGUCACUUCAUACACAGGGAAAGGGUGGAAUUUUAGGUGAUGAUAUGGGCUUAGGAAAAACAAUGCAGAUCUGCAGCUUUCUCUCUGGUUUGUUCCACUCUAAAUUGAUCAAGCGUGCUCUGAUAGUGGCCCCAAAAACCUUGCUGCCUCACUGGAUCAAAGAAUUAACUGCUGUUGGACUUUCAAGAAUGACCAGAGAGUACUAUGGCAACUCUGCUAAAGCUCGAGACUAUGAGCUUCGAUACAUUCUAGAGGAUAAAGGUGUUCUUUUGACAACCUAUGACAUUGUGCGCAACAAUUCGAAAGCCUUGCAAGGUGACAAUCAUUUCUCUGAUGAUGAAGAUGAAGAUGAAAUCACCUGGGAUUACAUGAUUCUUGAUGAGGGCCAUCUUAUUAAGAACCCCAGUACACAAAGGGCCAAAAGUUUGCUUGAAAUUCCAAGUUCUCACCGUAUAAUAAUAAGUGGUACUCCGAUUCAGAACAAUCUUAAGGAAUUAUGGGCUCUCUUUAACUUCUGCUGCCCUGGACUACUGGGUGACAAGAAUUGGUUUAAAGAGAACUAUGAGCAUUACAUUCUUCGAGGAAACGACAAAAAUGCUUCUGAUAGAGAAAAAAGGAUAGGUUCAACGAUAGCAAAGAAUUUGAGGGAUCAUAUUCAACCUUUCUUCUUGCGGCGCCUUAAAAGUGAGGUUUUUGGUGAAAAUGAUGACACAGCUGCCAAACUUUCCAAGAAAAAUGAGCUUGUCAUUUGGCUAAGAUUGACGAAUUGCCAGAGGCAAUUGUAUGAAGCUUUCCUAAAGAGUGAAAUAGUUUAUUCAGCUUUUGACGGCUCACCUUUGGCGGCUCUUACGAUUCUGAAGAAAAUAUGCGAUCACCCGCUUCUCUUGACUAAGAGGGCUGCUGAGGAUGUUCUAGAAGGGAUGGAAUCAACACUAACUCAGGAAGAGGCUGGUGUGGCAGAAAGACUAGCAAUGCAUAUCGCUGACAAUAUUGAUACAGAUGAUUUUCAGGCGAAACAUGAUAGUGUCUCUUGCAAAAUAUCAUUCAUUAUGUCGCUGCUGAGUAAGCUGAUUCCUGAAGGGCAUCAUGUUCUCAUCUUUUCUCAGACAAGGAAGAUGCUUAAUCUAAUUCAGGAGUCACUUACCUCCAACCGUUACAAGUUCUUGCGCAUUGAUGGUACAACAAAAUCCGCUGACAGAUUAAAGAUUGUUAAUGAUUUUCAAGAAGGUAAUGGAGCUCCAAUAUUCCUCUUAACAUCUCAAGUUGGAGGUCUUGGCCUUACGCUGACAAAGGCAGACCGUGUGAUUGUAGUUGAUCCUGCCUGGAACCCAAGCACUGACAACCAGAGUGUUGAUCGAGCAUAUAGAAUUGGGCAAAAGAAGGAUGUCAUUGUUUAUAGAUUAAUGACAUCUGGAACUGUUGAAGAGAAGAUAUAUAGAAAGCAGGUAUAUAAGGGUGGAUUGUUUAAAACUGCGACUGAGCACAAAGAACAGAUCCGCUACUUCAGCCAGCAGGACCUUCGGGAACUCUUUAGUCUUCCAAAGGAAGGCUUUGAUGUUUCACCCACGCAGCAGCAACUACACGAAGAGCAUUAUAACCAAAUCAAAAUGGAUGAAGCUCUGGAGUCCCAUGUAAAAUUUCUGGAAACUCUAGGUAUAGCAGGAGUUAGUCAUCACAGUUUACUCUUCUCCAAAACUGCUCCUGUCCAAGUGAUUCAGGAAGAAGUAGAAGAAAUAAGGAGAGGAACAUCAUUUGCGGGACGCCCAACGUCAAGUUACUCACAAGAAAACAUGCUCAAUGGGGCUGAGUACGCCUUCAACCCAAAGGACGUAAAUUUGAGCCAGAAAAUCAACAUCUCCCCUAUUGACAGUAGCGAAAUGACAGAAAGUGAAAUCAAAGCAAGAAUCAAUCGGUUAUCUCUAAUAUUCGCAAACAAGAAUACUAUUUCGAAGCUCCCUGAUAGAGGGGCCAAAUUACAAAAGCAGAUUGCUGAACUGAAUCAGGAGCUUGAGAGCAUCGAGGCGGCGAAAAGCAUGGAGACACCUCAAGUUAUUGAAUUGGACGAAAUCAGUGGAAAGCUACACAAGGGACUGAAUCUGUAAGGUUCAUGUCAGAAUCAUAUGAUGCUCUGGCUAUGGUUAUGGCCACUGAAUGACUUUGAUGUCAAGUGCAGUUGAAGUCAAUUUACCAAUUGACUUGCUGCAAAGGGGAUGAAUCUUAUUUACCUCAUCCAAGCUCGGGAUUUUGGAUUCACCUAUAUUUUUUCAACGACUAUAUCGAAGAAGUGUUGGGUGAAUUUUUACGGCAUAUGCUUAUGAACCUUUGUUCUCUGACACGGAAGCAAGCUUCUCAUCUUACACUAAUGCAGGUAAUGGAAGUUACGGUUUUGGGAAA